AUGGAUGAUUCCCCGGAUAUACUAGGAUGGCUACCACAUGUGAAUCCUGAAAACGACCAUAGCACUCUUUUUGAUUUGAUGAUACCAUCUGACAAAACACUUUUCAAAUCCAAGCAUGAUAUCCAACUGAAUUUCAUUAAUAAUCAGGACGAUGUUCGAGGUUUCAGUUCGGAGAAUGCAGCUAGGCAUCGGCAGUCGAUCUUCACAGGUUUGAACCCCAAAUUUCUUGACUACGAUUUGUCUUCUGAUGCUAGUUUCCAAGAGUCCGAGCGCUAUGCCAUGAGUGAAGAACUAUCUAGCUCCGUGCCCAAUCGGAAUAUCCAUAAAGCGUUAUCAGAUUUGGAAAGCUUCAAUCUUCACGGAGAUUCUCAUGCGCCGUUGUACCUUUUCCGAGGACCGUUCGGAGCACUUAGGUUAUCACAGUCAGAAAUGAUUGAGUCAACCACUCCAGAAUCUCCAGACUGGGACAAGGAGCUCGAAAAUAUAUUAAGAGGAGAAGAUUUCGACCUCGACGAUGUUGUGGUGCCAGAAUUGACUGCCAACAACAAUCGGGCACCACAGAAACCGGUUCCAUCACAACUGGAUGAUAUGGAACUCUGUUCAUUCGAGCCACAAAUUCAACCACAAAUUAAUCUCUACGGAGGGAAUGUAGAAGGCUGGACUCUCCUCUCACAUUACAAAGACCGAAUCGUGCCCCUCAUUUCUCCCUUACGACGUGGCCAGGAGACCCCGUGGGUUAGCUUGGUCAUACCAUGCGCAGUUACAACAUUGGGCGAACUGACACUAAAUGGAUCGAUCAAUCAUGCCAGACUUGCUUUGCUGAAUGCAGUGUGGGGUACCAGUGCCUUUCAUCUCGGUAACAACACCUCUUGUCUGGGAAAUUGGAAAGCUUCCGGAGAAAUGUACCUCAGACGUGCACAAUGCCACUUUCAAAAGUGCAUGGAGGAGCAGUGUCUGUCGACCGCGAAGACAAGCAAAUAUAAGGAGAUUUUGAUGGCCGUUUUGAGUCUCUCAAAUGCCUUUAUGUUCAAAGGAGACCCCACCCGACGACGCGCUUAUCUCGUUCAAACGGAAAAAUUCAUUCGUGUGAGAGGACUGAGUCAGCCAAAGCUCUCUUCAAAGAAGAGGGCACUACACCACUGCUAUGCCUUCAUGCGGAUCAUUGCCGAAACGACCUGCGUUGCCGACAGCCCCAAUGUGCAGCUCUUUGAAACAAGUGGAGGGGCAAUCGGAGACAAAAUAUAUGAAGGAGACUUCCGGAUCUCUCCGAAUCUGGUAUUUUCCGCAGAUGCGAUGACCGAAGAGAAGGACCCAGAGAUGGGACAGCGAGAUCUCCACCUCGCAAUCCCGGGCCGCUGGAGCUCCACACUCUUUCCCACAGUAUACGGAGUCGACGAGCUAUUUCUUAUGCUUCUAUCCCAAGUCAUUCGACUUGCCAAUGAGCGUGAUUUAUCGACCAUGUGCAAUAGAACCCAAGAAGGGCGGCUGAGCUUGAAGGAGUUCUGGAUACGAGCAAAGGCUAUCGAGAAGGCCAUCAAUACAUUAAUCUCUUCCUCAGUGACCGGCGAUACCCAAGCUUACCACUCCGACUCGCCAAUGAAGGACAAGUCAACAACAGCCCAAGCAAUGUCAAUGUCCCUCCUGAUUUUCUUCUAUCGCCGAAUAUACGAAGUCGAUCCCGCAAUACUCCAGUGCAAAGUGGCUAUCAUGCGCACCUACCUGAGGCAGAUCCAAGAAGAAGAAACCAUUUCCGGAAAUGGUAGCAAUGCUGCACUCAUAUGGCCAGCAUUUAUUGCCGCAUGCGAGGCAGUGGAGUCCGACCUUCAACUUUUCUUCUCCUCGUGGUUUGAUCACUGUUUUGCCACCACUGCAUUGGUAUAUGCAUCAGCAGCAAAGGAAAUAUUCGAGACAAUAUGGAUGAAGAGAUUGAAUGCAGAAGUAUAUGGGGAGACAUUGAGUUGGCCGGAUAUCUUACGGGAAGGGAAUAUUAGGUUUACGUGUGUUUGA